AUGUUCGAAGUUAAUUUCCGGUUCCCAAUUUUUUUGGCUCAUAAAUUGCUCCACCACUUUCUUGUCGAGAUCGCCAAAAGGACGAAUACAAGAGAAUCAAUCACAGACGAUUCCUUUAAACUCCUCCCCAAAUUUCUCCUUGCCUUGAGAGUCUUUUUAUUGAUUGCCACAAGUCUACACCAUCCCCAUUUUUCCCGGCUUAGCUUGAAUAAAUCGCAUUUCUCCGCAUAUUGCCGUCGACGACGUGCUCCUCGCGUUUCAGACAAGAUAAUGGGGAAGAAAAGGAAUCAAUGGAAUCGUGGGGCUUCUAUAUCAUCAUCCGAGUUGAACGAUGAUCGGACGGUGUUGCUGUCACCAACGGGGGAAGGAAAAGGAAAAAGAUUGUGGAAGAAGGUGAAGUACCAGCUGGUGGAGUACAACUCGUUGCCUGCGUAUUUGAAGGAUAACGAGUACAUUCUUGCUCACUAUAGGUCUGAAUGGCCUUUGAAGCAGAUCUUGCUUAGCGUUUUCACCAUUCACAAUGAGACGCUCAAUGUUUGGACGCAUUUGAUAGGGUUCUUUCUUUUCCUCUCUUUAACCAUUUACACCGCCAUGAAAGUUCCGAAUGUCGUGAACCUUCCUAGACUUCAAAACUUCCCUAAUGUUCUUAGAAAAUCCGAUUUUCAGAAGUUGCACACAGAUCUCGUUACAUGCCUCCCAUCCUUGCCUCACAUGCCCGAUAUGCACAAGCUACAAGAGGAGUUAAGGACUUCAUUCAAUUCAGUUGAAUUACUGCCAUCCUUGUCUAGUUGGCACAUCAAGCAACUCUUGUCGAACUGUUUGCCAGGGAGACUUUUCCACAGCAACCACACUGACCCUUGUGUUCUGUUUGUUGUUCGACCACAUCAGCCUGCUGAAUAUAUUAUGUUUAUUCCAAAUUCCGAAGCUUCAUUCAAUCAAAUUCCUAACACGAACCCCACUUUCAUCAUCAAAUCCCUUUGCCAGCGUAGCAUGAAGGAGGACAUGGCGAACAUAAUUGCACCUCUGCUCUUGAGGCCAAUCACGCGUUCGCCUUUCUUCGCUUUUCUCGGUGGGGCAAUGUUCUGCCUGCUGGCAAGCAGCACUUGCCACCUUCUCUCAUGCCACUCGGAACGCCUAUCUUACAUCAUGCUGAGGCUCGAUUACGCAGGCAUAGCCGCACUCAUAUCCACCUCCUUCUACCCACCCGUCUACUACUCCUUCAUGUGCUACCCAUUCUUCUGCAACCUCUACCUAGGCUUCAUCACCCUCUUAGGAAUCGGGACAAUACUUGCAUCUCUCCUCCCGGUUUUUCAAAGCCCGGAGUACCGAAACUUUCGGGCCGGGCUUUUCUUCGGUAUGGGGGUCUCGGGGGCACUCCCCAUCUUGCACAAGCUCGUAUUGUUCUGGAACCAUCCGGAAGCUCUCCACACGACUGGUUACGAGGUGUUAAUGGGGGUUUUGUAUGGAGUUGGGGCGCUGGUGUAUGCCAUGAGGGUGCCCGAGAAGUGGAUGCCGGGGAAGUUUGAUAUUGCGGGGCAUAGCCAUCAGCUGUUUCAUGUGCUGGUGGUGGCAGGGGCUUACACGCAUUACCGGGCCGGGCUGGUUUAUCUGAGGUGGAGGGNAAAAUAA